AUGGACCAGGGUGAGAAGGUGUCUUACUACAAGGUCGCAGGGAUACACGGAGUUCCAUUCGGGCAGUGGGACGGUGUGACGGGCCAGGAAGGCCAGGAGAUGAUGGGCUACUGCCCUCACGUGAGCAACAUGUUCGGUCCAUGGCAUAGACCUUACCUUGCCCUCUUUGAGCAAGUGCUCCAUGAUCGCGCUGUGGAAAUUGCAAAGGAGUACCCAGCAGGUGAGCCUCGAGCCAAGGCUAUGGCGAUAGCUGAUAAAGUGCGUCUGCCAUACUGGGACUGGGCAAUGGACCCACCGAAUAGUGAUGAAGGAUGCAUGCCGGCCAGUCUCCGUCGUCCGACAGCUACGGUAACAUAUCCCAACGGUACGACAGGUAAUAUUGCCAAUCCAUUGUACCGUUACGAUUUUCACCCUCUGAAGUAUGACGAUUUUACACCAUUGAGCGAAUUUCAAUUCAAAAACUGGAAUCACACGAUUCGCUUCCCAGUCGAUGGGUUCGCUCUCAAUGCUACCAGCCGUAACGAUGCGGCAAAUGAACGCAUCAGUAAACAGCAACCGAACAACCGUGACAUGCUUUACAAACUGCUCACGAUGUACCAGCCUUUCAAUCAAGUCAGCAACAAGGCUAAUGGUGGCACAAUUGGCAACUUUGAAACUCUCCACGACGGCCUCCACAAUAGUUUUGGACUUGGCCACAUGGGCAUUGUUGAGGUAUCUGCCUUCGAUCCUGUCUUCUGGUUUCACCAUGCAAACAUGGAUCGAAUUUUUGCUUUGUACCAAUAUCCAGACACCUGGGUUGAGGAUGCAGCACAGGCUAAGGGUACUUUUACGGUUGCUAAAGGUGCCGUCGAGGGUCCUGCGUCGCCACUCGCCCCGUUCCACAUGAACGCUCUUGGUGAUAUGUGGACAUCAACGACCUCUCGUAACUGGACGUCUUUCGGUUACACCUACCCCGAGUUGAUGACCAAUCCUACCAACCAGACCCUCACUUCGACCCUCAACAAGCUCUACAAGCCGACGACUCAAGGUUUAGGUAGUGCCAAUACGACACCUCCGGCGCCUGGCAGCAGUGUUGGUAACAACAGCACAAUGAACAGCACCAAGAAGGCGACAGAUUGGCUGUGCGAGGUCAAUAUGCCCACGGACAUUCAGAUCUCGUACUCUGUUCGCGCAUUCCUUGGCGAACCAGACGCGGAUCCCAAAAAUUGGCCCACAGACCCGAACUACAUCGGUCAACUCGCCUCGAUGUCUUCUCCUCGCAUGAAUUCGGACGUAAUUGUUACGGGUAACAUCGUGCUGACCGAGAGGUUGGCACAAAAGCACCAAUCAGGAGAACUGAAGAGCUUGGAAAAGGAUGCCGUUGCAGCCUACUUGAAAGCGAACUUUAGCUGGCGCAUUCAAGCCUUGGACUACAGUGAAAUUCCCCGCAAUAACCCACCUGCCGGCCUCAACGUCACCGUCUUCAGUGUUCCAGUCUCAAUCCCAGAAUCGGACGACGAAGUUCCCGCCUGGGAUGGCGACGUCGAGUACAAUCGCGAUAUCGAGGGCAACCCGCCUGUCUACAACGGCUCUGGUCCCGGUGGUACCAACUCAACUACUCCUACUGCCGAUGCCGCCGGACAUUUUGACGCGUCAUCUGGCGAAUGGGUGUGGAACAACGCAACAGAGUCUGCUGCUGGGCAAGUCGAUGGUGGAGGCGGAACCAGGAUUGUGCAAGAGACAGUCACGCAGUAUAUCACUGUCGGCGCAGUUCCCACGUCAGUAGCAGAUGCUGAGCCUUCGAUUACGGCCGCACCUGCAACUGUAGAGCAAUCCUCUUUCUCUACAGUGAAAGUUGGCACUCGAACCAAAUUCAUGACUUCGGUCAUCAUUGAGUACGCAACUUUCAUGCCUGGUCAAUGA